AUGGCGGCCUCCAUGAAUGUAAUGCCCGGCGGAAUAGAAGACGAUUUUGAUGAAGAUGAUGACGAUUUAUGUCUUGAUGAUGAUUAUGCAGUGAAGAAGAAGCCAGCGUGGGAUCCGUAUGAAAGUUCUGCAACAUAUAAUGAAAAUGGAGUAAGAAAUUUUGGAGGUUUUGGACAACCUGCAACAAAACCAAGAAGUAGCAUUGUGAAGGAUAAAAGAGAAGCAAAGGGGACAAACGCCCACAAACAAUCUGUAGGAAUGGAUGACUUGCGGACAGCAGCUCUGAGGGAUAAUGUAGACAUUAUAAAAUCCCUAAAAGAGAAAGGGUUGGAUGUGGACACAGGACUCCGAGCUGGAUGGACAGCACUCAUGUAUGCUGCCAACAUGGCCAACUACAAUGUUGUGGAGUAUCUACUUAACAAUGGAGCAAACCCUAACAGCCAUGCAGACCUGUACUCUGUGUUGAUGGCGUGUUGUGCGUCCACCUCUAGGUUUACUGACCGCCUUGAGAAGUGUGUCGCUCUCCUACUGGACAAGGGAGCCGAGGUGAAUGCCCACGACAGGUACCACUUGUCUCCCCUUAUGUAUGCUGUGCGAGAAGGUCGUGUUGGUGUUGCCAAGCAACUGGUAGACGCUGGAGCUAGCUUAGAUAAACAAGAUACACGCGGAUGGACGGCCUUGAGCUGGGCCAUCAGUAAAAACAAGGAAGAGUCAGUCAAGUUUUUACUGGUCAACAAGGCUGACCCGAAGAAGAAACACUGUGAUAAUACAACAGCUUUGGAUCUGGCGGAAUUACAGGAAAACUCUAAGAUCCUUGCACUAUUAGGCAGUGGCUCAGCCCAACAACAGCCUGUCACAGUGGUUAAUGGUUUACCCCAGCCCCAGGUAUAUCAGCCACCCUUACUACCUAAUGGCCAUGUGGUUCAGGAGGCUGAAGUGUCUAUGGGCGAGGAAAGGUAUACCAAGUGUGGGGAGUUGGAACUGUUUCUGGGUGGCCUUGACCUCACGAACUUCAUAUCACUGUUCCGCGGACAGGAAGUUGACUUUGCUACGUUUCUGCGGAUGUCUGAUGAUGACCUUAUCAAGAUGGGCAUUCAUCAGAUAGGGGUAAGGAAGAAGAUACUAGACGGAGUACAUGCUGUACAUAAGAAAGAAUGGGAGAAUACCAGUAUUCCAUCUGUACAGGCCAAACACAUCAGUUGUGCUGAUUCUGUUGCCAUUGUAGCCAAUAUUUGUAAACACAUCAAGUACAUCUCCUCAACGAUUGGUUUUAUCCAAGACCAGAUAUCAGCCCAACCACAGUUUUUUAAAAUCCAGGACGGUACUAGUCCGACACAGAUCCUAAGUCACAGUCAGGACACGGGCAGGAGUGUAGCAGACCUAGAGAAGGAACUUCACCUCCUCAACAAACAAUUACAAAAGAUUGUGGACUCCGGUCAGUAUGAUCCGCCCGAUAAGGUGAAAGAAUUACGAGUGCGCAAAUCCAAGUUGAACCUGAAGAGAGUGUUUAUGAUCGGACUGUGUGUUGGCUCCGUAGGAGUGGCCUUCUGGAAGAGAAAUGUGAUACAGGAACUGUGCUCUAGGUACUUCAAUACGGACCUUUCCAGAUGACCCGACAUCUAACGCCAGGGACAGUCCUGUUGGUAUUAGGCCAGUCCGAUAUCUCUUUGAUUAAACAAAACACACUUAAUUACAAACACUUGGUCAGUUGGUCAGUAUGACAACUUGACCAGUCAUGCAAUCAUUGGUGAUAUGGAAGGAGUCGGACCUAUCAUAAGUAAAAAUUCCUCAAAACAUGGUAAAUUAAAAAAAAAAAAAUUACUUUGUCUCAUGAUCAGAUGAAAUGUGUUGAGACAAUUUAUUCUCAAUUAAUGUUGUGGGAUGAUUAAUUUGAUUUUAAAUCAAAAUUGUGCUGAGAGAGUUGAUUACAUUUGAAAUAGAAAUUAUUAUGUGUCAUAAUAAAAACUGGAAAGUAGUACAAGUAUGCUAAAUAUAUGCUCACUAAAUAGCUAAAAUGCUCAUAUUUUAACAUGAUGUGGAGUUUGUCUAUCUUAACAUUCCUUAGUCCCAGGUAACAAAAGGAAAUCACAGGUUUUCAUUGCUUUGAUAUGUAUGCCUCUCAUGAUACUGUGCUAUUCCAUUCAAAAAUGUAAGCAUCAGUUUGACAGAGAUUGAGAGAGGCUGAGUGGGGAGAAGUUUGAUUAGCAUUGGAAGCAAGGAUUUCGGUGACUAAGAUUAUAAAUAUUAAUUUUGGUAUUUUUUGUACUUUGUACAUAAUUCAUGUGUCAGUCCGUUUAUCAGACUGGUUUCUGGGGUGUCUUAAUUACAUAGGAUUAUCAAGAAUGGCACACAAUAACAUUUAGGGCAGAAAGAAACUUGCAAACUUACUAAAGGUUGCUAUAACUCACAUCCUCGAUACUCCAGGAGUUACGCUCUCUUACGCUCUCUUCACUCCUGGAAAAUGUCAUAGCGAAAUUGAAUAAUAAUAGUAAUAAUAUACAGCAUUUGAUAUAGCGCCCUAUCUAGCUAACA